UAUAUUUCUUUUAAUAUUUAAGUAAAUCUAAUUUGGAAUAUUGAUCAUUAAUUAUCUUGUUUUGAAACAUAAUAAAUAACAAUUAUUUACACUACAUAGUUAUCUCUUUGAUAAUAAUGUCAUUAUAACUUUUCCAAAAACUUAAUCACAGAAGAAUCAACAUAGACUUUAGUUUUAAUUAUUCUUAUUCCAAACAAGAUAAAGCUUUCUUUCUGACAAGAAUCAUUUACUAAAAUCAGAAUAACUUUCAAUCUCUCUAAGUUCAGACCUACUAUUUCUGUAACAUAUCAAUAUAUUUACAAUAUUAAGUAUUCUUUGUAUAAAACAUUUACACAACUUGUUAACAAUAAAGCAUAAUAGUAAAUUCAACUAGAGUGUUUUUGAGAAGUGUCCAAGUCCAUUACAAAAAAUUGGUGUCAGAAGUGGGAUUGCUAGCCGCUCAAGCUUUCCCGAAGUCAACGACUGUAAGCAGUUUUCCUAAGAACAACAGAGAAAUCACUUACACCAACCGAACAGUACCAAAUAUUCAGAGAAGUCACUACCACCGUUGGAAGCUGUAUUUCUAAACAGUUCUGCAAGAAACCACAGCCGUUAACUACAGUAAAGGAAUUCUUGGAUUCAGAAACCUCUAGCUUAUAAAUGCAUUUCGGAGCACUUAUUGUUAUACUGCAGGUAAAUUAUGUUAUAUCCCGACUUGUCAAAAGUCAAUCUUAACUCUUCCAAUUCACAAGAAACAGAUUCAAAAGAUAUUAAACCCGAAAGUUUAUGAAAAGAAAUAAAAAUGCUUAGUUUGGAACUUGCCAGUUCUAUGUUAAUAAAAUUUGAUGGGAAUAAGGCAAAACUGUUUGAAUUUAUUGAUAAUACUGACAAAGCAUAUUCUCUUGUAUCAGAAGUUAACAAACCUAUAUUAUUUUCAAUCAUAGAAACCAAAUUGACAGACAAUGCCAGAGCUAUCACUAGGAAUCGCUCUUUUCCUGAUUGGCCUAGUCUAAAACAAUAUUUGCUUGACGCAUAUUCUGAAAGAAGGACUAUGGGUCAGUGGCAACUCGAAUUAAACUCAUGUAAACAAAAUUCAAACGAAACAGUCAUGGCUUAUUCCACAAAAAUAGAAAAUUGUUACAUUAAACUCAUAAAUUCUCUAGACAAUAGUCUUUCUCGAGAAUCAAGGGAAGCCUGUGUAAGUUUAUUGAAAGAACAGACACUCAGUGUGUUCAUUGCAGGACUAAGACCUGAUAUUAGUCUUUCAGUUAAAUCCCAAAGGCCCCAAUCUCUAGAAAAAGCUAUUGCUACUGCACUUCAAGAAGAGCAAGAAAUAAAAUCAAAGACUGAAAUUUACAAAUAUCAGAGUAUUCAUAAUUCAAGUGUCAGGCAUUGCAAUUAUUGUAAUAAACCUGGACACACAUCAUUUAAUUGCAGAUUCAAUAAAUCUAACCAAGUUAGACAUAUUCAAAAUAAUUAUUCUCAUAAUUCCUCAAGAAGAUCCAAUACUAUUUCUGAAAAUCAACAAUUUUCACAAAAUUCUAAUAUUCAUAGGGCAAAUCCUAGCGAUUUUAAUAAGAAUGCACACCCUAAUAAUAAUUUCAAUAACAAUAACAAAUUUUGCAGCUAUUGCAAAAACAAAGGUCACAUAAUAAGUGAAUGUCGGAAAAGACAAUACAAUAAUGAUAGACGUAAUAAUACACAGUCAGGUAGCGAAGUCAGAACUAAUAAUUUAAACUUUCAAGCGCCUCGUCCCCAGGCCGCGACGAGGAACGCGCAAUUUCUGCAGGCCGAAUUUCAAUCGUAAAUUUUGCAGUAACUACAUUUAUCCACUUAAAUAUAGAACAAUUAAAAGAUGAAAACAAUUCAUUUUUAAUUGAUAGUGGAGCAGAUAUUUCUUUAAUUAAAUUAUCUAAACUUAAAGGAGAAACUCAAAUUUUUGAAGACAAUCCAAUUAUUUUAAAAGGAAUCGAUUUUCCCAAUUCUAAUUCACAAAAAACUCUUUGUUAUUACAAAUUCAAUAUAAAUAUUAAUGGGAAAAAUAUCUUUCAUACCUUUCACGUCGUACCGGACUCAUUUCCGAUACAAUAUGACGGAAUUUUAGGGAAUGAUUUUUUAAAAAGAUAUAAAUGUAAUAUUGACUAUAACGAAAAUCAAUUAAAAUUCGAAAAUGUUUCUAUUCCUCUGUUUCAUGUAGAAAAUAAGUACUCUAUUUCAAAUUCUCAAAAUCAAACUCCUAAUGCUAAUUCUAACGUAUAUUAUUUAAAACCUAGGUCGGAAACUAUAGUGAAAGUAGAAAUUACUAAUAAUCAACUAAAUGAAGGAUUAUUGCCACAUACUACUAUUUUAGAAGGUGUUUAUUUAUGUCCAAGUAUUGUAAAAGUAGUGAAUAAUGAUUAUGCUAUUACCAGUGUUCUAAAUACAUCUGAGAAAACAGUAAAAAUAAAUAGAAUUAGUUUAAAUUUAGAACCAAUCUCUUACCCUGAAUCUAGCACUAAUAUUUUUAAAAUUUCUAAUUCUAACGAAAAUUCUAAUUCAGAUCGCUUAAAUAAAAUUACAAAUUCAUUUAGGUUAGAGCAUCUCAACGAGGAAGAAAAAAAUGCUAUUACCGAAAUUUGUCAAGAAUUUAAUCAAAUAUUUCAUUUAGAAGGCGACAAAUUAACUUGCACAAAUGCAAUUAUGCACGAAAUAAAAACAAAUUCCGAUAAACCUAUUAGUUGCAAAACUUAUCGUUAUCCAGAAGUACAUAAAGCUGAAGUGAACAAACAAAUAUCUAAAAUGCUCGACCAAAACAUUAUUGAACCUGGAAUGCACCCCUCUAGGUAGUGUCAAAGAAAUUGGACGCUACUGGUGUACAAAAAUGGAGAAUUGUGGUUGACUAUAGGAAAUUAAACGAGAUUACCAUUGCGACUCGUUUCUUCUCCCCAAUAUUAAUGACAUUUUAGAUCAGUUAGGACAUUCUAAAUAUUUUACGAUAAUCGAUUUAACUUUAGGUUUUCACCAAAUAAAAAUG